AUGACCGAAUGGUGGAAUAUGACUGCGAUGAAGAGGUGUGCUCUAUUUUCCAUUUUUUUCAGUUUUUUGGUAUAUCUUGUAUCAGCCGGCGGUUUUGAUUUUGUUUCUUUUCCUGCCUACUACGCCAUAGCUUUUUCUCAAUUAAUGAACUUUCAGGAUUAUCUUUGGAUAAAAAAUAUUAACAAAGAACGUAAGAAGAACAAAGCUAGCCUUUUAUUACCUGAACAAAUGGAGCAAGUAAUGGAUCGACUUGAGAAAGAAAGAUCGCCGUCAUCUAUCAUGCCCGGAUCAUCCAUGGACGGUGAUGACGUUUGCUGUGUCUGUGGCGACGGAGACGUGAAUAACGUGAACCAAAUAAUCUACUGCGAUAUGUGCAACAUUGCCGUCCACCAAGAUUGUUACGGUGUGCCUUACAUUCCCGAAGGGCAAUGGUUGUGUCGUCGAUGCAAACUUUCUCCUUCUGCACAAGUGGAGUGUUGUCUGUGCCCAAAUACAAGCGGUGCAUUCAAACAGACAAGUGACGGGAGAUGGGCGCAUGUGAUUUGCGCUAUAUGGCUCAACGAGGUACAUUUUGGGAACCUCGUAUUUUUGGAGCCAAUUGAGGGUGUUGACGCUUCGCUCGAACGUAGAUGCAAGCUCAAAUGUUUGGUGUGCCGGAAAAAGAUGGGUGCCUGUCUGCAGUGCUCAACUAGGAGUUGUCUUAAAGCGUUUCAUGUCACGUGUGCUCAGCAGUCGGGUAUGACCAUGAAAAUCGAGAGCAGCCUUGACCCCAACAAUGCUGAAAUGAUGGAUAGUACAGAGCUGUACAGUAACGAUCAAAAGUUUAUUCCGUCGAGCACACUUUGCUUUCAAAAGCCCAUAAUACCUCGAGAACUAGGGCUAAAGUGCAACCAGGGAAUUACGCUGACAGAUUUCACCAACUUGACCUUCAAACUUUGA